AUGGCCUCUCUCGCCACCCUGCAGCGGCCAGGCUGCAUGCGGGGCCAGAGCAGCAGCUCGGCAGCCGCCAGCAGCUUGGUGAAAGCGCCCAGGGCGGUCAGGGCACAGAGGCGGGCAGCUGUGACCUGCUCUGCCCACAGCAGCGGCAGCGAGGGCCCCUCCCGGCUCAUCAUCGCGGGCCAGCAGCCAAUCUUGUCCCCUAGGACGCAGGACAUGGCGGGUGACCCCUUUGGCCUGCUGCUGCGGCAACGCAUUGUGUUCUUUGGUGGCGAGGUCAACGACUUCAGCGCAGACGCCAUCAUCAGCCAGCUGCUGCUGCUGGACGCGCAGGACCCCACCAAGGACAUCAAGAUGUUCAUCAACUCCCCCGGCGGCAGCGUGACCGCGGGCAUGGGCAUCUACGACGCCAUGAUGAUGUGCCGCGCAGACGUGCAGACCUACUGCUUCGGCCUGGCCGCCUCCAUGGGCGCCUUCCUGCUGGGCGCGGGCACGCGCGGCAAGCGCUACUCCAUGCCCAACGCGCGCAUCAUGAUCCACCAGCCGCUGGGCGGCGCCAGCGGGGCUGCCGUGGACAUUGAGAUCCAGGCCAAGGAGAUUAUGUACCACAAGGCCAACCUCAACCGCAUCAUGUCGCAGUACACGGGGCAGCCCAUCGAGAAGAUUGAGGAGGACACGGACCGCGACCGGUACAUGUCUCCUUUGGAGGCCAAGAACUACGGCCUGAUUGACAGCCUUGUGGGCGGCGACGAGGCGGUGUUUGUGAAGCCGUUGGAGCCCCACACGGAGAAGGUGUCCACCAACUGA